AUGACAGUGACUAGCCUCAGUGCUUUUUACGCUCUGCACUAUCGUGACCUAAGGCUAAGGGUCAUCUUCUUCUAAUAACCUAAGCAUCUUCAUCCUUGAUUCGUCUAAGCAUUGGUCUCUCCUUGAUUUGCAGAAUUCCUCUCGUCGUUUUACUUCAGUCACUUUGCAAUAGCAAGAGGCACAUCGAAGCAUCUAGAAACAGAGAUAAGGAAGGACAACAAAUAAGCUAAACAAUGUCGUUUAUGCGAGGAAAUUUGCUUUCUCGAACUAGGAAGCUUGUCAAGGGUUUGGCCAAACCGCAACCCCUGUGGCUAAAAGCCAUGGAACAGGCACCACCUGCAACAUUUCCUCGAGCUGCUGGAAAAAUUCCAACCAUCACUCUUCCUGAGGAUGUUUAUGUGAAGAAGUUUUAUAAAAAAUAUCCGGAAUCCAAAGCCCAUGAUGCUAUAAAGUUUUGUGCUUUUGAUCCCCCUCCAUCUCGUGUAUUUGCCUUGAGGGUUCUUGAAUUGAAAGAGCAUGGCGUUAGUGAGGAGCAAGCAAUGGCUAUAGCUGAUAUGGAAUAUCUGACAGAGAAAAAGGCAAAGAAGAAAGCAUAUACCCGUUUGAAGGAAAUUGCACGUCUUCAAGGAAAGAGACUUCCUCCGAACCCAUUUCCUAGUGCUAUCAAGGAGAUACAAGCUGAGGAGAGGAAAUAUGUUCGUGAUCGGUUCUUCAAUCCCAAGAUACUCAAAAUUGUGAAGCAGCAGAAAGCCGAGGCAAUGGAGAGAACCGGAGGGGGUGGUGAUUAGUGAUUUUUAUGGAGGCAAAGCUACACUACAUUGAAUCUUUGGCUAUUUUGAAAAUUAGCUCUGACAAUAAUAUUUACCAUUCAGGCAUCAGCGACUGAAAAGUGUGUACUUCUUUCAAGAUAUAAGGUGAAGUAUUUAUUUGUUGUAUUAGAUCAACUGCAAUAGAAAGUUUUACCAAAAUUUCAUGCGAGGAUUGAUUCUUCCAGGCUACCCAUGUUUUCCAUGGAGUUUCGUAGCACAUGCCAUCACUAAAAUGUUUCCUUGUUGAACAUAGAUUACUUGCUACAAAGAGUUUAAGAGUAUCUGUAGCGCCAAUUAUUGAUACAAAAAUUUUGCCACUAUUAUGGAGUUUGACAAACCUUAAACUUAAAUUGUGAAUUCCUCAUUCUAUA